AUGCAUCGAAACUGCUAUUUAGUCGGACUAUUCUUAGCCUUAACUUUUGUCGUCCUACAUGCACGAAAUGUCCCAUACGAUCUGAUCGAACAAAUCGAUGAUGAACCUAACAGCAAUACUGAUGAACAACGACGAGAGAUCUUCUUUGAUCGUAUACCUUCGAAAUCAGCAUCCAAUUCCAAGAAACUUAUCAUCCAUAUCGGAAAUGAACACAACUAUCCAUACGAAGCCGAUCGUUCAAUGGCAUUUGCUCGUCGUGCCAAAGCGAUCGUCAAAGGUGAUCCAAGAGAAUUCAUGGGAUAA